AUGUGAAGUGAUCGGAAUGACGCCAACCAAUCACAAUUUCUUGGUUGCGUUUUGUUUGAUGCGAGAUGAGGCGGCUGUGUCGUAUUCGUGGGUGCUGCAGGGAUUGAGAGAUAUUUUCGGCACUGCUCAGACUCCUAGCGUCAUUGUAAUCGAUCGAGACGAAGGUUUAUCUGCAGCUAUUUGUGACGUCUUCCUAGAUGUGCGGCAUUUGUUAUGCAUCUGGCAUAUUGGCAACGACGUUGAGAACAUGGUGGACAAGUUGUGUGGCGGCAAGAAAAAUCAACAAGGGCAGGUAUUCAGGAAAAGUAGAUGGAACCCCUUGGUUGAAAGUUCUACGAUCGAGGAAUAUGAAGAUAAAUGGCAAGUGAUCGUCAGUACGUGGUCGCUUAGGAACAAAAAGGUCGUUCGGUAUUUGACUGGAACAUGGAUUCCACUGAGAGAGAAAUUUGUCCGUGCGUGGACGAAUGAUUGUUUACACUUGGGUAACCGGACUACCAGCAGAGUUGAAAGCCAACACUCGUCUUUUAAGUAUUACAUUGGUAGCGGUAAUAGCUCAUUCGAUAUCCUUUUCAAAAGGGCGCACGCACAGAUUACAAAUCAGCAAGCUACAAUCCGACAAGCGCUACAGGAUUCCAUGUCUUCUGUACAAAGAUCGAUGCGACAACAUUAUUUUAGACCUCUAUAUCGCCACGUAUCUCUCUAUGCCUUGGAGCAGCUCCAGCUUGAGUAUAACCGCAUGUUAGAACUCGGUGAUUUUGUGUUUAACAAAUGUGGUUGUGUACUUCAACAAACCCAUGGAUUGCCGUGUGCAUGUUAUUUACAUAUGUCCAUCGGAUCACAUGGUGCUUUGUAUUUGGAUGACAUUCAUGAAUUCUGGAGUACUUUGAGAUACACCGAGGUAGGAGACGAAACCGAUGAAAGAGUACGAUACCCGAACGCCAAUGACAAAGAGUACUUUCAAUCUCUGGUCGAUGAAGUCCUCAAAUCUGAUCCCGCUGUUGUUCGCCGAAUGUCUCAGUUACUUGAAUAUGAACUACACCCAGAUGGCGCGGAAAUACCUGAGCCUUACGCUAGUCCACCGAGAAAGGGAAGACCAAGCACAAGUAAAAACAUGAGAAGGAGAAAAAGUUCAUUUGAAUAUAGCAGAUCAUCUUCUUGCGGUCGAGGGUCUACAUCUUCUUCCCGCGGGAGAUCUAGUGGUCGAGAGACGCAAUCCUCAGUAGGAAUUAAGUUCAGUUUCAACUUUUCCGAUGAUCCUGGAGGUCGAGAUUUUUCACACUUUCCAUGGCCUAAUAACAUCCCAUUUAUCCUUCCUCCUUACUUGUUCAACUGGAUUGAUGUGUUAGGUGAUAGUAACUGUGGAUUUAGAGCAAUUGCCGUCACAGAGCUGGGAGGCGAGGAAGCAUGGCCUCUUUUAAGGCGUGCUAUGAGUGUGGAAAUGCAAAUGAAUAGAGUGCAAUACCUAACUUUGUAUCUAUCCCAGGAGUCACUAGACGAUUCUAUAUUCAGAAUAGGUUCACACGCAAACGGACCUGCUCCAUUCAUGCACUGGAUGGAUGCACCGAUGGCUUUGUACUCUGCAGCAACAUUUCUAAACAUUGUCAUUGCUUAUUAUGGUUCUGCUGACUGUAAUCCACAAUACAACUGUUUGAUUCUCCCGUUAAGGAAAGCAUCGGGCGUGAAUAGUGUAAAUAAAGUAAUACAUAUAUGUUGGGUUAAUAGAAAUCAUUUUGUUCAACUUUUAAUGAACGACGAUUCGUCCCCUCUACCGCCAUUCCAUCCAAGUUGGAAACAAGCAGCUGACAAUUUCACCAAACAUCUUGACACACAUUUCAGUACGAGGAUUAUGCUCUGGAAUAAUCUACGCGGGCCACGUUCACAACCAACUAAUACCACCGCUGACGAUGCUGUAAAUUUAGAUACUCCAUAGAAUUUAUACACGACAUUCAUUAUAAAUUGUAUAUAAUCCAUAAUUAUACUAUUGUAUAUACGAAUGACAUUCAUUGACGAAAAGAAAUGCAAUAAUUAAUGUAAAAUAGUUUCAGUACAGACUAUGCAGGGUCAUGCCCUUUA